UGGCAGGAGAGUGUUUCAUAAAACGCAGAUGGCUCGACCCCCAAAGCUUUGAGGAAGUUGCGCAAGACAACUAGCUAGUCACAAUGGCGCCUCUAGAUCUGGAUAAAUAUGCGGAGAUCGCAAAACAGUGCAAAUACCUUCCAGAAAACGACCUAAAGAGAUUAUGUGACUAUGUGUGUGAUCUUCUGCUGGAGGAGUCUAACGUUCAACCUGUUUCUACUCCAGUAACAGUAUGUGGGGACAUACACGGACAGUUUUAUGAUCUUUGUGAACUAUUUCGAACUGGCGGCCAAGUUCCAGAUACAAAUUACAUAUUUAUGGGAGACUUUGUUGACCGAGGAUACUACAGUUUGGAGACUUUUACCUACUUGCUGGUGCUGAAAGCCAAAUGGCCAGACCGCAUCACUCUUCUGCGUGGAAAUCAUGAGAGCAGACAGAUUACUCAAGUUUACGGCUUUUAUGAUGAGUGCCAGACCAAAUAUGGAAACGCUAAUGCCUGGCGUUAUUGCACCAAAGUGUUUGAUAUGUUAACAGUGGCAGCUCUGAUGGAUGAACAGAUCCUGUGUGUACACGGAGGCCUCUCUCCUGAUAUUAAAACCUUAGACCAAAUUCGGACCAUUGAGCGGAACCAGGAAAUCCCUCACAAAGGAGCCUUUUGUGAUUUGGUUUGGUCUGAUCCGGAAGAUGUGGACACUUGGGCCAUCAGUCCGAGAGGAGCAGGUUGGCUCUUUGGUGCUAAAGUCACAAAUGAGUUUGUCCACAUCAACAAUCUGAAGCUGAUUUGCCGGGCACAUCAACUGGUCCAUGAGGGCUACAAAUUUAUGUUUGAUGAGAAGCUGGUCACGGUGUGGUCAGCUCCCAACUACUGCUAUCGCUGUGGCAACAUCGCCUCCAUUAUGGUCUUCAAAGAUGCUAACACAAGAGAGCCAAAGCUCUUCAGAGCAGUGCCUGAUUCUGAAAGGGUCAUCCCACCUCGGACAACAACACCUUACUUCCUGUAAGAUUAUGAAAUCCAAAACAUUUAGUUGUUGGUUUCUUUUUCUUCAGUGCAAAGACACCCAGGAGAGUGGCGACAGCACUUGUGAGUCUGUAUGACUUUUGUAGUGUAAAUAUAAAGUAUUUACAGUGCCAACUAUUGUUGAUUCCCCCCUCUGUACAUUUAAGCCAUGUAUCUGCAGCUUGAAUCGGAAGCCCUUCACCUCAACCUGGAAGUUUGCGAGAAGCUACAUGUUAUCAACAUAGCUUUCUUCUGCACAUUUAGGUCUAUCCAUUGCAUUAGAGUUUCAAUUACGGAUGGGAACUAGACAUCAAUCUUUAUCUCUUUGUUAUUGUUUAUUGCAGUCCUUUUGAAAUUCUACUCACAAUGUCUUGUCCUUGUUUUCUCUUUACAUUUCUCCAUAUGAAUUGACAAGAACCACAUGAUCUCUGACUGCUCAAACAGCAGCUUGGAUUUUUGAUAUUUCUAUAAUGGAAAAAAAACCAACAGCCAAAUAUGGAAUACUGUACAUUCAUGUACAUGGAAGGUAGAUACUGCUAUGUGAGCUGCUGUUUUAGUAUAAUUGUUUUUAUUUAAUUUUUCACUGAAGCAGUGAUGCGCUAAACUGCCUCACAGACUUGUAACUCCUCACAGACAUUCAGUUCUCACUUGGGGCUUAAAUCACAAAGAUAUUUCACAGCUCAGUAAGCUAGAAUCUGUUUGCUGAGGUCAACUGACCGUUGUAAAAUGUUCAUAUGUGCAGAUCUCUGUUUUACUUUACAAUAAAGAUUUACUCGUCUGAACUAA